CCCGCGGCCAGUCGAUCUCCUUGCAGUACCCGCAGAUAACCUUCACGCGGUGCGAGUACCGCGCGCGGAGCAUGAAACCCUUGAAGUUCGCUUGCAGUUUGCAGACCAGCGCGAGAAUAGCCGUUGGUGCGGCGUUGAGGAUCUGCUGCGCCUUCUCCGGGUCGGUCUUUUCGUACGAUUGGGACAUCAACGCAAAAUUGUGCGUGUUCAGUCCGUCGUCCGGGUGCUCCGGCUUCGGGAUCGGGAUCUGGCACUGCUGGAUGUGUCGCACGUUGGAUUUUGAAAUUUUCGGACCUGCGCUCCCACCUUCAACGAUCGGGCCUUCAGCAUUGCUGCGCUCCCACCUUCAACGAUCGGGCCCGCAGCGAUUGGACCGCAGCGCCCUCCCGGUGGUUCUACUGCUAAUACGGUAGGGCCUACAACAAUAGGACCACAACCACCGGGUGCGAGACCUGCACCUCCGCCGCAAGUGGGACCCUCAUUACAACCCCCAGCAGGAAGUGCUGCCAACAUCGGUCCUGCGUUACCCCCCACAG